AUGGAUGACAAUGUAUUAGAAGACCAUAUUCCUAAGAUAGGAAUGGAGUUUGAAACAGAAGUUGAGGCAUAUGAUUUCUAUAUGAAAUAUGCUAAGGGAAGGUAUAGUGGAAAGUUUCGGAUUGUGAAGUUUGUCGAGGAACACAACCAUGAUUUGUGUGAUCCGGAAAAAUCUUACAUGUUUAGAUGUUUUAGACAAAUGUCUAAUAUUCAGCAAACACAAGUUGAUGUUGCUCAGAGUUGUGGGUUGGCUCCAAAGAAAAUAAUAGAGUCGGCAGAAGAUUUCAAGAAUGCUCAAAGUUCUCCUGUUAUGACAUUUCCAUUAGAAAUAUUGAAGCAUGCGGCUACCGUAUAUACACAUAAGAUAUUUGCAUUGUUUAGUGAGGAGUUGAGGAAGACAAUUGAAAGCAAGAUUGAAGCUGUAGAAAGUUUGAAUUCUCAGCGAUGGACCAAACAUGCAAAGGGUGGAACAUCAAGAGUUUGUGAUGUAGGAGUUGUCACUGUUGAUGAAAAAAUAAGAAAGAAGCAGCGGUAUAAAGAGUUGUGUAACUCUUUCAUGCGUGUGGCAAUAAAAGCAGCUGAGAGUGAAGAUAGCUACACUUCUGCUUUAGAUUGUCUCUUGAAAAUGGAAAACAGUGUGGAUGGAAUGAUAGGGAAGGCAAAUAAUGUGACAAUUGAGGCAAAGGACGGAGAUGUUGUAGUUGAUGAUGAAACCAAUGAAAGUCAAAUUAAAGGCUUGAAACCUAAAGGGAGAGUUACAUAUCAUUCAUGUAAGAGGCCGAAAAAUGCUUUGGAACAGGCUAUUAGUAGAAAACGAAAACCAAAGCCAAAAGAAACAAAGAGUGGUUCGCAACAUGCUUCUUCUAUGCAGGAAUCUGAAGAGACUACACUCAUUAAUGAUGACUACUGGAACGUGACAUACAGUGCUUUUGAUCCUCAAAGAACAUCAUAA